AAUCUCGCAGUCAAUCAAGGAUCUUCGAAAGGGGGUUUCUACCUUUGGAAAAGGCGAAGUCAUUGUCCUUAAAGCCAGAUAAGCUUCAAUUCGUGGUCAACGGUUCUUCUUAGAGGAUGUCGUCCAAACCGCUAAAUGGCAAGCAUCUUGCUGCCGAUAUCGAAUUCAUACCGACUCCCCCCCCUGCGCCAGACACGUUUGCUACGAGCGAAGAUGUUGGAGUGAAGAUCACCAAGUCACCGGCGAUUCACAAUGCUCCCUUACCUGCGGACGGUCCCGGAUAUGAAAACUGGUCCAACAUCAAGUUGGCUGUGGCUCUCGUGGGUGUGCCGACAGUCCUGGCACGCCUGGUUGGCGGUGGAUUCAAGACGACCAUCGCCGUCGGUCUGGUUACCACUGUGCCCGUCCUCAUGGCAUUCUGGACCGUGAUGUCGACCAAGAGCCGCCCACUCAACAACAAGGUCAAGCUGCCGGGCCGUCCCGUGGAGUAUUACUUGACGUUCAAGAAGGAGUCGGACCGGAAAAAGUGGCAUGGACAGAACAAAAUCCCAUUGCAGACCUUUUACGAACUAUACUUCAACGGGGAUGUUGACUUUAACGGAGACACUCUCAAUGCUAUGGAAUACCGACAUGAUUGGGCCACAUUUGGCUUCACGCUUGACCUCUUUCGCUACAUCCUGUUUACGUUUGCGCUCGACGUUCUGUUCCACACUCAGUCGCAGGACGAAGAACAAGUCCGUCCCAACUACGAUAGCGGUAAUGAUCACUAUGCCUACUUUCUCGGCCCUCGGAUGAUCUACACGAGCGGCAUCAUCGGUGACACCACGAGGGAGGAGACGCUCGAAGAAUUGCAAGACAACAAGAUGGCGAUAGUCUGUGAGAAGAUCGGGCUUAAGGAAGGGGAAACCCUCUUAGAUAUCGGCUGCGGUUGGGGAACAUUGGCCAGGUUCGCGAGUCUUAAUUACGGUGCAAAGGUUACUGGUGUCACACUCGCCCGUAACCAGACAGAAUGGGGUAACGAUGGCCUGAAGAACGCUGGAAUUCCUGAAGAACAAAGCAAAAUACUGUGCAUGGACUACCGUGAGAUUCCCCGAACCACCAAGUUCAACAAAAUCACGCAGCUGGAGAUGGCGGAGCACGUUGGCGUUCGCAGACUUACAACCUUCUUCCGUCAAUGCUAUGACAUGCUUGAAGAUGACGGUGUCAUGUACGUGCAACUCUCUGGACUGAGAAAGGCCUGGCAGUACGAAGACUUCAUCUGGGGACUGUUCUUGAACAAACACAUCUUCCGUGGUGCGGAUGCUUCGACGCCUCUUGCAUACUACGUCAGCUGCCUCGAGGCUGCUGGAUUUGAGAUUAAGGGUGUUGACACUGUCGGUGUUCAUUAUUCGGCUACUCUCUGGAGAUGGUACAGAAACUGGCUCGGAAAUGCCGAAAAAGUCAAAGCUACUUAUGGUCAGAGAUGGUUUAGGAUUUGGGAGCUUUUCUUGGCCUACUCCACCAUUGCUUCGCGCCAGGGUUCUGCUACCUGUUUCCAGAUCGUUGUCGUGAAGAAUCUCAACACUACUCAACGUAUUGACGGAGUCGACACGCAAGCUGGCCUCCAUGGCCAUCUGGCAGCAAGCAAGGCAGCUGGCAAGGCGAGACUUGCAGAGUAAACGGACAGCGUAGCAACGCCGGGCCCUGCAAUGCUGUGCAUUGGCAGUAGAGCGCAAGGACAGUGAAAAUGAGUAUAGUCGCCCCGACCCUUCAACCGACUCGACCACCAGCGACUGUUCUCGUCGCUGCAUUAGCACGUCCUGUACCAACAACGCGAAAGGAAGCGAAUUAUUUUUUUGAACGCAAUUGUUUCAUUUAACGAUAGUUAGCUACC